AUGAGGGGCAUCCCGGGCUGGAGGAGGCUGCGGCUCGCGGGCUGGCGCCGGUGCACCCUCGCGUUCCUCCUCGCCUGGGCCGCCGGCUGGGUGGUGCUGAGCGCCCUGCUCUUUCUCCUCCACGGGAGCGUCUUCUCCGAGCGCUGCACGGAUGAGGACGGCCACCGCAUCCUGGCCAGGCUGUGCCUUGACUACAGCAGUGGAGCCCUGACUGGCGACCUCUGCGAAGACCUGUGUGUGGCGCAGAAGCUGGUGUACAAACACUGCCUUUACUAUGACAGAGGUAAGAAGGUCAUCCAGGCUGAUUGGAGAGGCCAGCCCAUCAUCCUGAAAUCCAAAAAGGAAAUCUUCUCCAGCUACCAGCAUCUCAGUAUGCUGGACGAGGUGGAAACACAGGAUAUUCCUGAAACAGAGAUUCUGCUGAUGGUAGCCUUGGAGGUAAAAAAUGUUCUGGGGCUAGAACUGUCUAACAAUAGCACAGGGCCCCUGUGGACAAGGAGGAAGGGACCACAUUGGAAAGCGCAGGUGGCCAGCAUGUGGUCCUUGAUCCAGCAGGAAGAAUAUAUUUUCUUCAGUUUGCUGCAGGACUUCAGCAAACAUGUGCUACGAAUUAUUGGCUCUUGUGGACAUUUCUAUGCCGUGGAGUAUCUUACAGCUGGACAUGCCUGGCACAAAACUCUUUUUCCCUUGGAAAACAUAGCAGGUCCCUCCCUUGCUGGCCGCAAAAGCAGAGUGAGAGCCAUCAUUGACAUUGCACUCAGCUUUCUGGAUAUGGUGCAACAUUUUGAUAAUGAUUUCUCUCAUCGCCUACACCUGUGUGACAUCAAGCCAGAAAACUUUGCUAUCAGGCAUGAUCUUACGGUGGUGGCCAUCGAUGUGGAUAUGGCUUUUUUUGAACCCAAAAUGAGGGACAUCCUUGAGCAGAACUGCACAGGAGAUGAAGAUUGUAACUUUUUUGAUUGCUUUUCAAAAUGCAAUCUGAAAAUCAGAAGAUGUGCAGCACAGAGAGCCAAUAACAACUUGCAAGUCAUUUGUGACAAAAUAUUCCGUCGCUGGUUUUCUCCAACUCUCAGAGGACCAUUGGUUUCCUUCCCACUGCAGCCACAGUUGCAGAAGGCUGUGCAGGAGUGUGCAGAGCUGGGACAUGUGGAUGCUACUGUGCACCAGAGAACUCCGAAAUCUCUCAUUGAAUUAUACCAUCUGCUUCGGGUCAGCCAACAAGAACUGCAAAGGGUGGAGUAGAUACAGAAGGCAGAACUGCAAAGGCCACAUCACAACCACUGCUAACAGAUACUGUAUGUGAGGCAGCCUGUGUUUUCUGUCUCUCCUCCAUCCCUCCUACCCACUGUAUUACAUUCAUAGCACAUAGUUUUCCAGCUAUGCAAAUGAAAUUCAUGACUGCAGGUGCAGCAUGUCCUGUUAAUAUCUCUUGAAAUAUGAAAUUGUUUUACAUUACCUGAUUUCCUUCUUUAUUUUCCUGUAUUCUCCAUCGAUGUUCAGCACAUCAUUUGCAUUCCUGCUCAGAUAGCAUCUGAGUACACACUCCAAGUUAUUAGGCAUUUCUGUAGGGAUGAGAUGGUGCUUUGAAGUCAAAAACUGGAAGUGCAGAACAACUAAUAUCAAUCAUUAACAAGGUGGUGGGAUGGAUGUGGAUAAAUACAUGCAAGAUGUUUGUUUUUCUCUCAUUGUAGAAUAAGGGUUUUAGAAGUAAAGACUGAGUCUUCAGUAUAAAAAACCAAGCUCAAACAGGGAAACAUUGUCACAUGGAGAGCUGCUUAUGUACAAAGCACUCCAUUCUGAUGUUUCCAAAUGGUGUAUUAUAUUACUUGUGCCAUAGCUAACUUUCUGUGGAAAAAUUAUGUGAAGUUACUUAGGGUUUUACUAGAGCAAAAUGACUGUACCCAAUCUGGACACUUAUAUUCUGCAGUGAAGAAAGUGACACUGACUCUUCCUUUGUGAGCAAGCCCUCAGGCACUUGAACAUCAGAGCACUUGGUAAGAAGCACUACUUUGCCAGAUAGCAGAA